GGAGGUAAUGAUGGCCUUUUUGGGAAGAAACUCUUCCAGAAAUACUUCCUUUUAUUCUAUAAGGAGAGAGAGAGAGAGAGAGAGAGAGAGGGCUGAGUUGGAGUGGUUGAGAUUCUCAUCCGAUUCGAAGAAAGCAAAAGGAAAUUUUGCUAAAGAAAAUAAUGUUUUGAUCCACUUUUUCGAAAUAUGUUCAUUUUUUUUUUAUUUGUCCAGUUUUUAGUUUAUAUUUGUAAAGAAAUUCUCUCUCACUCAGGAAACACCAAAUCGAAAGAGAAGCAAAAACAUCUCUCCUUUUUUGUUUCUUUCAAGUGAAGAGUUAAUAUCACCCACCACUAAAGACUCCUGCCCCUGUACUCUGUACUCAUGGAUCUAGCUUAGCUCUGCCUUUCUCCAUUAAUUGUCUAAACAGGAACAGAUUUUCUUUACAGGAAAAUGGCAGCUGAGAGGCCCAGCUCCAGGGGCCAAGCAUGGUUUUGCACUACUGGGUUGCCAAGUGACGUUGUAAUGGAGGUGGAAGAUAUGACCUUUCAUCUCCAUAAGUUUCCUUUGAUGUCAAAAAGUCGAAAGCUUCACCAGCUAAUAACCGAGCAAGAGACAAACCAAACAUACGCGGCGGAAAGAGGAGGACGAGAAGGGGAAGAGCAUGAACCUGAUAGAGAUGAAAUCGAGGAAGUUCACUGUCAGAUUUCGCUCCAGGAUUUCCCGGGCGGCUCUGAGACUUUCGAGAUGGCCGCCAGGUUCUGCUACGGCGUCAAGGUCGAUAUCACUUCUUCCACCGUUGCCCCGCUUCGUUGCGCCGGAGAGUUUCUCGAGAUGACGGAAGAGUAUUCGGAAGACAAUUUAAUUUCCAAGACAGAGCGGUUUCUCUCUCAAUCUGUGCUCAAGAAUCUCAAGGAGUCAACAAAAGCAUUAAAAUCGUGCGAGAAAGUAAUGCCUCUUGCAGAGAGCUUAGGCAUUACGCAGCGAUGCAUCGAUUUCAUUGCUUCCAGAGCCUCCUCCGCUGAUCCCACUCUUUUUGGCUGGCCGGUUAGUGAUGGAGCUAAUGACAAUAGAGCCACAUCCAAUCAGGCCUUAUGGAAUGGGAUUGAAUCAGCGGUGCGUAGAAAGGGAGCCGUCUCUGCCUCCACCGUAGCUGCCUCUGUCGGUAGAGGUGCGGACUCAUGGUUUGAGCAUUUGGCCCUUUUGAGCUUGCCUUUGUUUCAGCAAUUGAUUCUUGCCAUGAAAGCGCAAGAUGUGAGUACAGAUAUUAUAGAGAGCUGCCUAAUGUACUAUGCGAAGAAGUACAUUCCAGGCAUAUCGAGAAUGAAUCGCAAGCCAUCUUCGUCUUCCUCUAUAGCCUCAGAGAGCGAGCAGAGAGAGGUAUUAGAGACUAUAAUUUCAAAUCUUCCACUGGAGAAAAGCUCCAAAUCUUCCACGGCAACAAGGUUUCUAUUCGGCUUAUUAAGAACCGCAACCAUAUUAAACGCAUCCGAAUCGUGUCGCUCCGCUUUGGAAAAGAAGAUCGGUUCACAACUGGAGCAAGCUACACUUGAUGAUCUAUUGAUUCCUAGCUAUUCAUAUCUUAACGAGACUUUAUACGAUGUAGAUUGCUUGGAGAGAAUCUUAAGCUACUUCUUGGAUGGACUGGAAGAAAGAAAUGCAGAUGGAAUUGAAGCAGAGGAGAAUGGUGAUCACAAUGUGAGAUCGCCGGGUUUGAUGCUGGUCGGAAAAUUAAUCGAUGGCUAUCUGGCUGAAAUUGCCUCCGAUGCGAAUCUGAAACCUGAUAAAUUCUACAAUCUGGCAAUCUCUUUACCAGAGCAAGCUAGGCUUUUCGACGACGGUCUUUACAGAGCCGUCGACGUCUAUCUCAAGGCGCAUCCAUGGAUAUCGAAGGCGGAGCAGGAGAAGAUUUGUGGAGUGAUGGACUGCCAAAAGCUAACAUUAGAGGCGUGCACGCACGCGGCACAAAACGAGAGGCUUCCGCUGCGUGCAGUAGUUCAAGUUUUGUUUUUCGAGCAAUUACAACUCCGACAUGCAAUCGCCGGGACAUUGAUUGCGGCAGAUGCGGCUCCGCAUGAUUCCAUGAGACCUUCGUUGUUGAGACGGGAACGGGAAGGGGUAGAGGAGAGAGCAGUAUCGGCUGCUCCUGCGGCGGGAGCGGGGGAGGCACAGGACAGCAGCAGUAACUGGAGGGCAGCAGUGAGGGAGAAUCAGGUGCUGCGACUGGACAUGGAUAGCAUGAGGACGCGAGUUCAUCAGCUGGAAAGAGAAUGUUCGACAAUGAAAAAAGUGAUCGAGAAAGUUGAUAAAGAGGGCCCACGUGGGUGGAGAGGUUCCCUGACGAGGAGGUUUGGGUGCAAGUUCAAGACUCAAGUGUGUGAUUCUCAUGAACAGACGGUGGUAAAUACGAGUAAGGGAAGAUACCAUCAUCACCAACAAUAGGGCUUCCCAUAGGUGAACACGACAUGUCGUUAAUUGUUUUGUUGUCUCGUUUAAGUUGACCAAUCUACACUUUGUAGACGAGUGGCCUUCAUUUGCUAUGCCUAUGUAAUCUGCUGGCAGUGCCACGUAAAUUGGAAAAAAAAUAAUAGUAAUAUUUUUCAAAGAGGUCAAAUUCUGACCAAUUAUUUA